UGUGUCUGACCGUGUGUCCGACCGCCAAAGAGAGUGCUGAUCCCUGUAAUCCUCUGGGUUAUUGUUUUGGUCCAUACUAUCUGUACUCUGCUGGGGGCCUCCGCCAUACUGGUUGUGUUGUUGUGUGUUUGCGCCCGGCCAGGUUGAGCCAGGACCUAGCCAAAGACCUGGCGAUCUUGGCCAGAGAGAUCCACGACGUGGCCGGGGAGGGGGAGCCCCCGAGCUCGGCCAUGGAGGCACAGGUCCCCGACGCCACCAUGACGGCCCACGAAGAGCUGGUUCAGCACAUUCCAGAGGCAGGGCUCAAUCACCAGAGAGGUCCUCCAAGCCCUACGACUCCCAAACACCUCAACCAGAACACUGGGGACCACAAACACAACAACACGAACCGGCCUCGCAACAGAGAAGAGGAUAUAGCUGACCAGCUGAUGUUGAAUCCCGUGACUCAGAUUUCCCUUGUCAUCAGACAGAACACUGACCAGCUCACGGAGAAACUCAAGGUGCGCUUCCAGGAUAGGAUGGAUCUUUGGGAGGAGGUCGAGGCCAAACUCACUCGGGAUAACCACAUCCCCGUCGUCAAAAGCUCUAACAAGGAGGUCGCAUCCAUUCUGAACGAGCUCAGGAGAGUUCAAAGACAACUCGAAGUCAUCAACACCAUCAUGGAACCCAGCAGGAGGCCUGAGCAGGACAAGUCCUCCUCCUCGUCCUCCGCACGCCCCACCGCUGCAGCCCGCUCGUCGAGGGCCGAACCCCGGGACUGGAGGACCACCCCCUCGGCGUCGCACCGCGGCGGAGGGAACAGGCCCGGGGAGAGCGUGAGGAGGACUGCCGUGACCCCCGAUGACGCCAGAGAUGGAUAUGUGGUUCCGAUACCAAGAGAGCGGUUCCUCCUUUUUUACUCGCCCCACUGCGCUUCUUUCGCCGUCGCCACCGCAGGCCUCCUCAAAACCCCCUGCUACAGGUGUAGGAAAGCACCGUGGGGGGGGAAGUGAGAGUCGCUCCCCCGGACAGCUGCAUGUCAAAACAACACCGCGCACGAGGGGUGACGAGGCCUGCAGCAAACAUGUGGACAUGGCGCAAUCAAUGGAGGAAAGACGACAACGUAAACCGUCACACGUGUUUGUGUGUCCGUGCCAUGUUCCCUCCAUCCCCCUUUGGUUUUCUAAAGGGGCUUCAAAACUAUACUUGAUUUAUCUGACAUGGUGUCAGUUGCCAGUGACGCUGCCUUGCACAGCACAAACACUACAUGAUUUAAAAACCAGCGUGAAUGUAAUCAACUCUUGCACACAAAGCAGCAAUCACCUGCUAGGGCUGUUGUAAUCGAUAUAGAGAUGUUUUAUAGUAGUACCAUUUUUGUGGAAUAUUUCUUUGCGGAACACGGAUACUAUUUUUCGAUUGUAAAAAGUAUUUAUUGUGCUACUUUAAGCUCUGAACAUAUGUCAAUUUAUAAGAGAAUUUGAUAAACGAAUAGACAGUAAUCGAAAUGUAUCUAAAAUAGUGCCAGACCACAGAUUUCUACAUGAUCUGACAAAAAAACAUGAAUGCAAUGGGUUCUCUUCAGAUUAGGGGUCUACUUUGCAGCAUUUCCGUUUCUCUCCCAGGCUGCGGUGAAAUUCUCUGUGGAAUGUGGGGAUGAGAGGAAUGAAGAAGCUUAACGUUAGACUCGAACACGGAUGUUUAGUCACAAGGCAACAGCAAUCCCCACAAGCCUCUCAGGCAUUCCUCAGCUCCACCACUUGGAACAAGAUGGCUUGUGCUUUCAGCCUGCAUCUGGUAUCGUUUCUUUUAUAGUAAUAGGCAUUAUUAUUUGUUAUAUUUGACCUACAACACAAUUAAUGGCACAAAGAUUUGGCCAAAGGUAGUGUUGGAAAAUAUUCUCAGGCAUCCCAUAUUCAGUUUCCUAGUGGCUCUCCGAGCAUUUUCUCACACACACACACACACACACACACACACACACACACACACACACACACUACACUACAUCUAAACUCAAACAUAAGUUUCACCCUUAAGGGUUACUUUGGCCAGAAUUGUCAUGACAGAGAUUUUCUACACCAUGUGUCUCACUUGAAUGUGGGCCAACAGUUAAUAUGAUUUUUUUUGUGUCUUUAUUGGUCGGAUUGGCAUUAAAUGUCAUUUAACUCUAACGUUACCUCUCUUGAUUGCACUAAUGUAAGAUUCCACUCGGCUUCAUAGAGUGAACUUCCAAGUUAAAGCCACUAUGCCAAUUCUUUGUGAGGAAGUUUCAUUUCCCAAUCAGAACAUGAUCUUUGUUGUUAUGAUUGAAGGCAGCAGGGGGCACGAACACAUGCUUUCAACAAAAUUGUUUCGUCCACCUACAUAUUAUUCUAAUUUGGGUUUCCUCUAAAUAUUUCAAAGCAUUUUUGGCAUUGUUUAUGACUGUACUUGCCAUCAUUGUUUACAAAUGAGAUGAGCAAAAGAAUGACAGACAUUUGUAUUGCUCUGCUCUGACUCAAUGCUGCUAUUUCUACUUGGGAGAGAUGGUGCCCGCAAUUUUUUCAUCUACACAAUGGAAAUAGGCGGAGAUUUAACUCAGCCUCGUUAAUGUAAAUCCGUUCUACAUCCACUUUAGGCCCACUUUUGUACAUCACUGGCCGUUUCUUGUCCGUCAACCUUGAACUUGUUAUCUUUAAUGUUUAGUUUUUUUGAUGUCCUUGAUAAUUAAGAUCUGGUUACACACUUUCUUCCUUGAAAUACCCUUUUUUCAAAUAAAUAAUUAUUAAAUCGGUUAACAUUUCUCUGUGUACUUUUAAUGG